GGGCCGCGCCCCCCGCCCCCCGCCCCCCGCCGCCCUGGCGUCGUCCUCGCCGCCCUCGCCGCCCCCGCCGCCCCCCGCGCGCGGCCGGGCGCUGCCCCCCGCCGGGUCGCGGCCCGAGCCGGAGCCCGAGGCCAUGGACGCCGAGCUGAUGGCCUCCGCGCACGGCUGCUCGCACCUGAGCGCCUUCAAGGUGGACAACUGGAAGCAGAACCUGCGGGCCAUCUACCAGUGCUUCGUGUGGUCCGGCACCGCCGAGGCCCGCAAGCGCAAGGCGAAAUCGUGCGUCUGUCACGUGUGUGGGGUCCACCUGAACAGACUGCACUCGUGCCUCUACUGUGUCUUCUUCGGCUGCUUCACAAAGAAACACAUCCACGAGCACGCAAAGUCGAAACGGCACAACCUGGCCAUAGACCUCAUGUACGGAGGUAUAUACUGCUUUUUGUGCCAGGACUACAUAUAUGACAAAGACAUGGAAAUAAUUGCCAAAGAGGAACAGCGGAAAGCUUGGAAAAUGCAAGGCGUCGGAGAGAAGUUUUCCACGUGGGAACCAACCAAACGGGAGCUGGAGCUGCUGCGACACAACCCUAAGAGAAGGAAGAUCACCUCCAACUGCACCAUAGGUCUGCGAGGGCUGAUCAACCUCGGGAACACCUGCUUCAUGAACUGCAUCGUGCAGGCCCUCACCCACACGCCGCUGCUGCGAGACUUCUUCCUCUCCGACAGGCACAAGUGCGAGAUGCAGAGCCCCAGCUCAUGUCUGGUCUGUGAGAUGUCUUCGCUUUUUCAGGAGUUCUACUCGGGGCACCGGUCUCCCCACAUCCCGUACAAGCUGCUGCACCUGGUGUGGACGCAUGCGCGGCACCUGGCCGGCUACGAGCAGCAGGACGCCCACGAGUUCCUCAUCGCCGCGCUGGACGUCCUCCACAGGCACUGCAAGGGGGACGACAGCGGGAAGAAGGCCGGCAACCCCAACCACUGCAGCUGCAUCAUUGACCAGAUCUUCACCGGCGGGCUGCAGUCCGACGUCACCUGCCAGGACUGCCAUGGCGUCUCCACGACAAUAGACCCGUUCUGGGACAUCAGUCUGGACCUGCCGGGCUCCUCUACCCCCUUCUGGCCUCUGAGCCCGGGGAGUGAGGGCAGCGUGGUGAAUGGGGAGAGCCACGCCUCGGGGACUACCACCCUCACCGACUGCCUGCGCAGAUUCACCAGACCUGAGCACUUAGGAAGCAGUGCCAAAAUCAAAUGCAGUGGUUGCCAUAGCUACCAGGAAUCCACGAAACAGCUUACCAUGAAGAAAUUGCCCAUCGUAGCCUGUUUUCAUCUCAAACGCUUUGAGCACUCAGCCAAGCUGCGGCGGAAGAUCACCACAUACGUGUCCUUCCCCCUGGAGCUGGACAUGACCCCCUUCAUGGCCUCCAGUAAAGAGAGCAGGAUGAAUGGACAGUACCAGCAGCCAGCGGACAGCCUGAAUAAUGACAAUAAGUACUCCCUGUUCGCCGUGGUCAACCACCAGGGCACCCUGGAGAGCGGCCACUACACCAGCUUCAUCCGCCAGCACAAGGACCAGUGGUUCAAGUGCGACGACGCCAUCAUCACCAAGGCCAGCAUCAAGGACGUGCUGGACAGCGAGGGAUACUUACUGUUCUAUCACAAGCAGUUCCUGGAGUAUGAGUAGCCGUUUCCAGCAGCUGGACAGAAGGGACAAAGGGGACACGCUGGCGAGCCUCACAGAAUGUCGCCCUGACUCCCUGACCGGCCGGCACUGCCCCCGCCCCCAUCGCCCCCACCCCACGUGUCGGCUCCUCUGCAGCUGGGCCUGGAGGAAGCGGGACCAGCCCCCAGGGGUCGUGUGGUUCGAAGGGACAAGCUCUGCGGGCUGGGGCGGGUGGGGCGGGAGUGCACGAAAGCAGCGGUUGGAUAAAGGCACCUGCGGGUGGGAGGGGCGGCUCCGUCGCGGUCACUCUGGGCUCUGCAGGCCUGUGGGGGGGACGGUGCCCGCAGCGGAGGGGCGUCCUCUCCUCGGAGCUCAGGCAGCUGCCGGGUGACGCACACAUGGGCCGCUGAGGCAGAGGGUGCGGGAGCAGGAUGGGGCGCAGUGCGUGUUGUGCUGGGGGGGGCGGCCUGCGGCCUGUGCUGCAACCUCAGCCCCAAGGGGCUGGAGCCCCUGACUCGGCUCCCACCAGCCGUGGGCGUGUGCCGCCCCCCACCCCCCACCCCAUAAUGGUGACUUUCAUGUAGUAACUGUAAAGUGAGGAUAACUGCGUUGAAACCGAGAUGUAGAUUUUUUCCCUUUUACUCCGUGAGCCUUCCUUUUUAAUUGCUCCUGUUGGUUGCUUCCUGUCCUCUCCUCUUUAUACCCCCUAACCUCCCCUGGGAAACAUUUGUGAGGCUGGUUGAAGCUGGGGAGGGGGUAGAGAGAAUUGGGGGCAGCUCGUGAGCGUCUCUGUGUUCUGAAAACCAUUUACGGGCUCGCAGCGCUUUCCCAUGUGUCGUGCCGGUUCCCUUCCUCGGCUCUCUCCUCUAUGUCUUCGGUCCUUCUGUCUCUGCUUGGCAGCAGGUGUGUGGGGUUCAGGGCUGCAGUGACCUCACUUGGAGACCCUGUGCUUCUGCUCUACAUUUAGUGUAGUUUUAAUUGUAGCAGGAAAAAAGACUUUAUGAAAUGAGCUGUCAGCAGGGCUCGGAGACGAAAUAGAGUAGCAUUAGUUUGUUCUUUGUGAGGUAUCUUGCAUGUAUCUAUCUAUUCAAACCUUUACUUAGACUGUCCAUUUCUGAGACACUUUUACAUUAAGCCUCGGGAUUUUAGAGGAAAGGUGAUUGCAGUACAGGUUUUGAAGCAAUCAUCUCUCAAGCUGUGCUCGUCCUGGGAGCCCAUUCUAUAGCUGAACUGUCUUCAGUUCUGGAGAAGAGUAGAAUCGUUUGUUGCAGGGGUUGGCAAACCUUUCCGUAAAGAGCCGGUUCGUGCAGUCACUGCUGUUGUAGCACAAAAGCAGCCACUGAUGGGUCCAAAACAAAGGAGUGUGCCGUGACCCAGUGAAACAGUAUUUAUAUGGACACUGAAAUUUUAAUUUCACACAGUUUUCAAAUGUCAUGGAAUAUUUUGAUUUUUUUUAACCAAUUUUAAAAUGUGACGAGUAUUCUUAGCUCACAGGCCAAUGAAAAACAGACGGCAGGCCAGAUUUGGCUCACGGUCUAUGGUUUGCCAACCUCUGAUCUAGCAAUAGCUAGUUAGGGGGAAGUGAGGGAAGAGGUGGUAACAAAAGGAUUUGAGCAGGAAAAACACGAGGAUACACAAAACAACUGCCAUAUGCUGCAGAAUCAUUACAUGGCAAAUUCUUCAGUGAUUGAGUUUUGUAGAUGCUUUCCAAAUUUAUUCUGUUAUUUCUGCUGUUAAAGAACAACACAUUGAAGAUGGCCGUCACCGUCAGAGAAACGAGGACAGGCCCAGGUUCUCAGAAGUGGCCCGAGGGACCGGUUCUGUGCCUCCUGGUGACUGUGCCGUGAAGGUUUCCCUUGCUGCUUUUUGGGGGUGGAGGAGAAGUGGCGUCUCUUAAUCAGGAACAGACCCGACAGGAAGGAGAGUUGGCUUCGGUUGACCCGCAGACUCUGAGCUGCGUAGUCUUUUCCUGAAUUCCGCCAGCCCGUGGCAGCCUGGCUGCUUCCUGCGGGUCCCUGUGGUUUGGCUCAGGGCCCCAUUCUCCGUCCCCCCAGCCUCUGCAUGUUCCCCCUUCCUAGUGCCUCUGCUCAGUGCCAGGCGCCCCGAGAUCUUAGCCUUGGUGGCAGCCGGCGGCGCGGCACCAGUUUUUUGUAGGCUCUGUUCACCUGUUUUGUAUCCACGUUAAUUCUCCUGAUUCACUUCGGCAUCGGUGUUCUAAGCUCUUGAUCGGAUGGAGACGUCUUCAGACCGACUUCCCUGUCUGAACCGGGAGGUCCCUGGAAUUGGCAGAGCGGCUGGUCCUGGGGGAGAACUGGGGGCACAGCCCCCGCCCUCCACCCAUGAGGUCGGCUGGGUCGUGUUCAGUACAUGAUGUGAUGGGUUUGGGAAUUUCUUCCUUUUAGCUCCUAUCCAACAUCUAAGUUCUGGAAACCUCUUUUCCUGUUUGCUGGUAGCCACCCCUGUAGGUGCCCAGCCCCUCACAGUGGGCGCCUCAGCACCAAGGCCUCCCGGGUGCCCCACCCCUGCCGUGUGUUGAGAGUAAAGAGCACGUCUGCGCUUCGGCCGCCAUUGCAGUGCUUUACGGGAGGGACGGACCCUCCCUGCAGGGUCUGAAGUCAGCGUCACGAGCAGGUGUGGGCGGCCGGGCCGUGGAAAGUGGACAGCCCCCAGCAUGCCCUCUCGGACCCUCCUGGAAAGAGGUGGCCGAGGCCCCUGCUCCGGGUGCCAUGUCCCCUGCCCCUCGCUGGGCUCUGGAACCGUCCCCGGACCUUCCCUCUCGCAGCGGCUUCCCUGCGACGUAAAUGCCCGAGAGCGGUUGUGUCUUGGCUUGGUGAGUGUGCUCUUCAUUGUGUAAAAUCGCUGUUCUUUUGACAAGUCAAGUGACUGUUUUGGUUACUGUAAUUUGAAGACCAGAAAUGGUAAGAAAAGGAACUUCGGCGACCGUGCUGUGUUGGAUGCCGUAUCCCCAGGAUGCUCCCUCCUUCCUUUUCGCUGCCUGUGGAGCAGCUGUGUGGCUCUUUCUCCCUCCCUUAUUGGCUUGUAAUCUUUCCUGUGUCGUAAUAAAGCUACAUUUUAUUCUGAAA